UUGGUACAUAUCCAUGCAGCAGCUGGGUGGGAUCUGAAACGCUCACGAUUGGCCUGCUCUUCCUGCCCACAUACAAUGCUCUCACCGAUGUACUUGCCUCUCACCGAUGUACUUGCUCAUAGCAGCAGUGCAAUACGCGCCGAGAACUCUGUCCAGUGAAGCUAGACGUGCUACAGAAGCGUUGGUCGAGGAUGAAGGGUGAGGGUGAGGGUGAAUCAAUGUCUGGCGGUGGAGGCUUGCGCAGCUUGCAGUGUACCUGUGGACAGCACCGGGUCAUGUCCGAUGAAGCGCCCGGCGGGCGCUCACAGCUCUUCUUUCUGCCUCUGCGCAGGAACAGCGUGACCUGUGAGCAUCAGGGCAACCGUGCGAGGCUAGCGCUCGCGUUCAGCGGCAGGCGAAGGCGAGAGCAGGUUGGCGCUGACAACGAGCGCAGUGACGCAGCCAGCGUAGCGGCCGCGGCAGCUCAGACAUGCUUAGCGUUGGCAGAAAGUGUAUAUGCGGCUGAUACGACAAUCGAAGCUCGUAGCGAAAUUCUGGCAGCCAAAUUCUGCCAUUGGAUGAGAGUGAACAAUCUUGCCAUGAAGCAAGAGUCGCGCGGCUGUACAGAUGACGUCCAAUCCAGCCCUGGGCCGGACGGUCAUGUGAAUGGGAAGUGCCGCUGGGCAGUGGAGCCCCUCUGA